AUGACGAAGAUUAAGUCUUCCAUUAAGGUCUUGGAAACUCAGGUGGGGCAGUUGGCUGCUCAAAACACUAACAGGGCUCAAGGUAACUUGCCUAGUACUACUGAAGUAAAUCCAAAAGAGAAUUGUAAUGCAAUUACCUUGAGAAGUGGUAAGACUUAUGCUGGGCCAAACCAAGAUAAGCCAAAGGAGGAGGAAGAGGGAGAACCAACACCAACGCAAGAGAAGAAGAAGACUACUGACGGUCUUCAACAAAAAGAAACUCCACCUCCCAUCAUCAUUGACCAUCACAUCAAAAUUCCUUAUCCUCAAAGACUUCAGAAGAAUAAGAUAGAUAAGCAGUUUUCAAAAUUCCUUGAAAUAUUCAAGAAACUGCAUAUCAACAUCCCAUUCAUAGAGGCUUUGGAACAGAUGCCAACUUAUCUGAAGUUCAUGAAAGAUAUCCUAUCGAAGAAAAUAAAGUUGGAAGAAUUUGAGAUGGUGGCACUUACUGAAGAGUGCAGUGCGGUCCUGUAA